AAAGUUCCAGCUUCAAGAAAUACCAGGCAAGUGAAAGUGUAGCAGCUCACAGGCGAAAAUAUUUCUGGAUUUUCGGGUCAGGCAGCAGUUAAACUAUGCAUUAAUCAGUAUUUAAAAGAAGGUGUCUUGAGAAUUGCACUGUCAAGCAAUGGGCAGACUGGGUGCCAGUCAGAGCGCCGGGGAGUGAGGCAGAUAGAUGCCGCCCAGUGGUACAGACCCGCCUCUCAGAAACCAUUGGAUCAGGCUGGCCGGCCACAGUUUGACCAAUAAGAGCUCCCAGCAGCCGCCAUCUUCGAGCUGAAUGAAUAACCUUGCCUGAACCGAGCGAGUGCGGCUCUGAUCGGGCAGGAAUGGUGUUGGCGGGAGGAAGAUCAUCGCUGAAACCUCCGGGACAAUUAAGUGACACGAUUACCGAACGCUGUGCAUCAACUGGAGCCGAUCACACCGGGAAGCGAUGGACAAGGAAGACACCCUUCAGUGUCAGCCACUGUCGCUGAAAUUCACCAUAGACAGUAUUUUGAAACCCAGUCCAAAAUGCAAAGAGCAUAAUAAGCAUGACCGUGCAAAGCAGCUAGUCGCAACUGCGGUAGAAUUGAAAUCAUCUCGGAAUGAAGCCACAAGAUCAGAGUUUAGGCUGGUUAAGGACUACAGGAAAACAAUUCAAGAGACAACGAAUACCGGCUAUCUCACAACCUCUUCACUCGAAUUCACCGUGGAGCCCAAACACCCAGUAAAAAGCCCCGAGUCAUACCGGUCGCUAGGAACGGCGGAUCACAGCGACGAUUCGGCCAAAGUCAAACACAACAAGAAAAACAAAAUUCUCGCAAAAAAGAAGACGCGCACGAUAUUUUCUAAAAGCCAAAUCUUCCAGCUGGAGUCGACGUUUGACAUGAAGAGAUAUCUGAGCAGCGCCGAGCGUGCUUGCCUGGCGAACUCGCUUCAGCUCACGGAAACCCAGGUCAAAAUUUGGUUCCAAAACCGCAGAAAUAAACUGAAAAGGCAGCUGUCCGCAGAACUGGAGGUCACAAACACGACCGAACCUGCCCCCAAGAUAGUCCAGAUGCCAGCAAUGUACAAAGAGAGCAGUUUUCUGCGGAGAUGCCUGUUGCCAGUAUCUUUCCCCGUGCUUUAUUCAGGAAGCAGCACGCCUUACCUCUGCUUUCCCGAGGCCAGCAGAUAUCUCCAUGUUCUGGACGGAGACCUAUAACCGAAUAAAGGAGCGCGUAACUGUAUCGGAAGAACUUCUGGUGGUUGUUUAGUCACUUUUAUACCGUAUAACAGGGAAAAGAUGUAUAGUACGACAUUUGUUAAAUGCCUCCCUUUUGUUUACUUUCCACCCUUCGUUGCAUUUUUCCACCAUUUGUUUUUUUGAGUUUACACUGACCACGCACUGCCGUUAUAUAUAUAUUAUAUCUCAUGUUAUGCUUCAAUUGUCUAAUUCUCAAUUCUAGCAAUUUACGUUGUCUUUCAAAUCCCUGAAUUAAUUCAGGUAUUAUUUUCAGAGGACAAUUGAUUCGCUUAAAAUGGCAACAUCCAUGUUAAGUGCAGUCUUUGUGUUCUUAAGGUGCACAUUUUAAACAAUGCGGAUGUUGUAGAUAUGUAGGUCAGAUCAACACAGAUUUCAAUUUGUCUUUAUUAACCAUUGUCCAUCGAAAGUCGUUUCUUUGAAAGAUCGAUGUGAGCUUAUAAUGAGAUAAAUAAUGAUGCCAAUUCGUACAAAUGACCCAGUUUCGCUCCGUUGAAAAAAAAUGCAUGUUACAGAAUGGUUAUGCUGCAAAUCUAAAGCUUCACUAAACAGCCCCCCAACCCCCCCCCCCAUCCACCGCCUUGUUAUAUAAUCUGGGGUCUCACAAACCAUGUCCCCCAACCCCCAAUCCCACAACUUCCUACUGGUCCGUUUUUAUUCUCUUUUUUCCCCCUUAACAUGUGUCUCUCCUGUUCCAUGUGCCCCCCUUCUCCUUUUGACAACUCAUUAAAAAAAUGCUGGCAAAUACUUUAUCGACACUAGCCCUAAUAUCGUAUUUUACAAUUUUGGUAGAUAAUGGUAUGACUUUCCCCAAGAUAGCUUCAAACACAAACACAUAUGCACACGCAAAACACACAUGUCCUUUUUUGAAAUAUUCUUCCGCUGACCGUUUGGACUGAAAUUAUCAUUGAUCAACUGAUUUAGGUUAAGGCAAUUAUUCAGCUUUCUCUGCGUGGACUCAAUUAGACCAGAAAUAAUCCAAUUUCCUUGCUGGGAUUGUUUGUAAAUAUUGUGCAACAUCUGUUUCAAGGAGAAAACGUAAUAUCACGUCAUAUUUAUAUAUCUUUAUAUGUUACUGGUUUGAUAUUAAAUGUGAAUUAAAAAAUUAAAAUGCA